AUAGAUAUAUAUAUCAAUCUGGCUAGCGGCCAUACGACGAUGGUUGCGCCAGGGGUCGACCAACCAUCCCCUGUUUGGCAACUGAUGAGUUUUACGAUAAUGGCUUCCGUCUCACAGAGGUUUGGGGCUGAAUAUCAAUCUCCGCCCUCGGAAUGGUCUCGACAGCCACAAGGUAUCGAGUUCCAAGCUAUGUUUUCCAAAAGUUAUCCUUCACCAGGCACCCGGUUUUCACCUCCUCAGUCACCGGUGCCUCCCGCCUGCCAACAGGCAAUGCCAGCAGAAGUAGGUCAAAUAUCGGCCGGUAUACUAAUACAGUUGCCUGGAGCGACUCCGCAUCCUCCCAGUUUGCAACCACAACAGCGACGAUACCUGGACGGCCAGAAGCGGGCCAGCUUCGAUGACGACCAUUCCGGACUCGUGUCACGCAAGCAGCAGUUUCCGGAUGAGCAACUAUCGACUCACAACAUAUACACGGUCAAGCAAGAACACAGCCCAAAUGAGAGUUCUGUAGCGGCUAGUGGACAACGUCACAAGCACCAGCGCGCGUCCGUGGCUUGCAAUCGGUGCCGACUUGUCAAAGCCAAGUGCGAUGAGCAGAUGCCAUGCACAAACUGUAAAGAGAAAAACGAAUCUUGCAACUACCAAAAGCCCGAAGUUAAACGAAAAGAAAAGGUUCAGACAGAGCUUCUCGAGACGGUGGCCAACAUAAGUACGAGCUUUGCCGAUAUAAAAUCGUCGAUUUCAGGGGUCGAUUCGCGUCUUGGUACUCGUCUUGCAAAUCUUGAGGAAGAGAUGAGGACUAUAGUCGCUGCUAUCCGACCCGGCGCUGCGCAACCUACGCCUUUGUCUAUGAAAACGGAACCAAGGGCAAGCUGGGAUGUUGAGGAACCAAUCGCGGCUUUUACUCUCGACGAUGGAUCUGAUAUCCCCCCUGGAUCCCCGGUACCUGCCGAGAAACCUGCGAUUCCAGAAAACCACACGACAGGAACCGGAAAUUUGCUCAUGUGGCCGCCCAUCCACAAGCUCGUCGGGCACCUUUUGGUGGAGCAUGGUAUCGAAAUCCCAGAGACUUACCCACUCUGCAUCGAGGAGAACAGGGGUCUGCUACAUUUAUAUGGCCGAGGGGAAGGGAGCAAAAGUGGCAGCGAGGUGCCCAACGACUUUGGACUUCUUGCAUCCGCGUAUCCCAAAGACGUAGCACCAUCGCCUCCAUACAAUGAUUGGGGCUAUGUGGAUACUACGGAGACCGUGUCUUGCCUGAGGUCCAAUCAUUAUCAUGUGUGGAAGCUUGUGGACAGCUACAAUGAGAAUAUGCAGAACAUGCAUCCCAUCAUCUUGCCCCAGGAUCUGGACGCCCUGGUCAAAAAAUUCCUCGGAAGCCUUUCCACCGUUUGCGUUACCAAAUCUGCCAGGCCUGCACCAAUCGCAGGGUUUGCCGCAAAGCACGAAGUUGUGGGUGAGAAGCGAAAACGAGAGGACACAGACGACGGCUCGGGACCCAAGGCGGUGCAUCAAAAACGUCCCACGUUGUCUCGCGACAUCCAAACUGCUGUAGUUCUCUGUAUUCUUGCCCUGGGCGAGAUCUGCUUACACAAGGAACGUAUCCCCGAUAUCGUUCCAACGCAUGGCGAGAUGCAAGGUCAAGGUUCCUUCAACUCUCAACCCUACCCCUCUCAAGGUUCCUCGGCCUCUAGGAAUGGUGUGCCACCAUCCCCCGUCCAAGGGACGCCGCCUUCGGUAGUUUGGCCCCCGACAGGUAGCAGGCGAGCCUCUUCUGGUUCUACAUCAGAGCAUAUGAAGAGAAACAUCGAUGUGAUUCCGGGUCUGCAAUACCUAGCCAAUGCCACCGACAUUAUGGGCAAUCAAAUGGCAGGGACGUCGGCAUGGCACGUGUACGCCAGUAUUUUGGCUGGUCUUUACUACGGCCAAUUGAGCAGGGUUAUGGAGAGUUACUGGCAUAUCCAUGAUGCCUGUAUCAAGGCCCAGCAUCUUCUUAAGGACGACAUUAUUGCCGAGUUGAACCUACAGCAGUCGGGCAUCAGCAAGUACGAGCAGCGCAUGCCAACCCCUAAUUUGAAACACAUGAUCGAAUGUGGGAUCGACCAGCGUGUCGUCUACGGCUAUCACGCGCAAAUAUGGCUACGGAAGACACUCAACAAGGCGCACACAGCGCUAUAUGGACCCAAGUCUGAAAGAGAGGGAUACAUCCUGAUAGAUUUGGUGAAAAUCCUAUACUCGAACCUGACAGACAGUGAAGGUCUUUGGUGGCCAAAUUUUCAUGACCAUGAUCCCCAGACUCCGGCCGACAACAUCCUCGACGCUAGACUGAGAGCAAAGUAUUGGGGCGCCAUGAACAUCACUUGCCGGCCAGUCAUCAAAUCUAUACUGAUGCGAGAUUAUCAGGGGAUGCAGGAAGGGCUCGACAUGACCGAUCCCCUGAAUGAGCUCCUCGAUCCCAACGACAAAACUGUUUUGGCACUAGCAAAGAGGGGCAUCAAUGCGCUUGUUCAUAGUACCAAGGCCUUCCACAAUCUUGCUGAAAGGCGGUAUAUUGUCACCAACAUCUUUGGUACCGCUCAGGCUCAAUGGGGCAACCUAAUUACCCUGGCCGCGGUCUACAGGAACCAGCACCUCUCACAUUUUAUCAACCCUGAUGAGCUCAAGGACCUUUUCGAUAAGAUGAUACAAUUCCUGAAGGUCGUCUCGCAUCGAUCAAGCGCUCUCGAGGUUGACGGGAAAAUCCUCGCUUUCCCGACCCGAGACGCUUCCGACCAUCAGCCCAAACCCGCCCCACAAUCCAAUGGCCUAGUCUGUCUUCCAUCCCUGUCGUUGAGUCCUGUGCACAAGAGUCCAAUCGGUCCUCCAUUGGGGAACAUACACCUUGGCAGCUAUUCUUCAGAUCCUUAUGAGGAGUGUGAGGUCGACGAGGCAGCGAAGCGAUGUUCUGAUUCAGCCCCUGGAAAAGCUUGUAGUAGCUUUGAGAACAAAGCAUCGUACAAAGAAGGCAAGUGUCCCGAUUGUAAAGGCAAACUAGAAGAUGAAGAAGACAAAAGAUCGAUCAUCGAGCCUUGA